UAGAUAGUGGAUGGUGUCAUCAACCAACACAUUUGAAGCUGCUAGAUUUCAAUCAAGCAAAUAGAUAGUGGAUGUUGUCCCCCGGCAUCAUACUCAAAUAUUUGUCUUUUUUUGACCAUGUGCAAGAAGAGGCUGGGUUUUCAUGGGAUUUUGCUCCAACGAAAUCCUAAAGACAUUCACAUGAUGAGAGAUGUAGUGCUGCACACUAUCAACUAUAAAAGGGCUCCUUCCCCUUUCAAUUUCCACCACAACCAUAGUUCUCCCCCUCUCUUUAUACAGUUCACAAACUUCACCAAGAAAACAUUCACACAUAUACCAUCAUCAGAUUGGUUAACAGAUGAUGAAAAUGGCAGAUCCUUCAUCUAAUAUGAAGUGUUUGUUCGUGGUCUGUUUUUUCUCUGUGAUUGGGAUGGCAAUGGGUAUUGCACCAAAGACGGCAGUGAGUGUGCCAUUCGGGAGAAACUAUGACCCUACAUGGUCAUUUGAUCACAUCAAGUAUUUCAAUGGCGGUAAUGAGAUUGAGCUCCACCUCGACAACUACACUGGUACUGGAUUUCACUCAAAGGGAUCUUAUCUGUAUGGACACUUCCACAUGCACAUAAAGAUGGUUGCAGGAGACUCGGCUGGAACUGUAACUGCUUUCUAUUUAUCUUCAAACGGGAAUGAGCAUGAUGAGGUAGACUUUGAGUUCUUGGGAAACAGGACAGGGGAGCCAUACAUUUUACAGACAAAUGUCUUCACAGGCGGUGAAGGUAAAAGAGAGCAGCGAAUCUACCUCUGGUUCGAUCCAACAGCGGCUUACCACACCUAUUCUAUCCUCUGGAACUCCUACCACAUCACAUUUUUUGUCGAUGAUAUCCCAAUCAGGAUAUUCAAGAACAGUCAAAAGCUUGGACUGAAAUUCCCAUUCGAAAAACCCAUGAAGUUGUACUCAAGUUUGUGGAACGCAGAUGACUGGGCAACUAGGGGAGGGCUUGAGAAGACUGAUUGGUCCAAGGCACCCUUUGUAGCUAAGUACAAGGGAUUCCACAUUGAUGCUUGUCAGACAUCAGUGAACGCCAGAUUCUGUGAAACACAAGGAAAGAGGUGGUGGGAUCAGAAGGAAUACCAAGACCUUGAUGCAGCCCAGUACAGGAGGCUCAAGUGGGUACGUAGGAAAUUUACAAUCUACAACUACUGCCAAGAUAAAGCCAGGUUCCCCACAAUGCCUCUCGAGUGCAAAAUAGACAGGGAUGCUUAAUCAAGCAAUUUAAUACUAUAUUUUUACUAGGAAACUAUCAAUGGUAGUUGCUUUAAUUCUUGAGAUCCCGCCUAGGUACUACAUUGGAAGGGACUGUCAUAUGCUUUUCUUUUCUCUAAAUUGGUGAUUCCCAUUUAAUUAUUCAUUUAUUAAUUCCACAAUUAUCGUUAUCGUCAGAGUGGAAUGCUGAACCUGUAAUGUGCCUAUUCUUUUUCUAUUGGGCAUUUGUUUUCUACCCACACAUGAAUUAUCAUAUUCUAUCGUUUGAAACA